AUGACGGCGGCGAAGGACGUGUUUCGAGCGAUGUGCGUCGCGAGGCGCGCGCCGCGACGGCGCGAGCGAGAGCGCGCGGAGGGGGAGAGCGACGCGGAGGCGGCGGCGGCGAGCGCGGAGCGCGCGAACGCGCGGGACGGGAAGGUGCGAGGACCGGCGAGGGCGACGAGAGCGCCGCGAGACGCGGGGGGGGUGACGAGGUUUGAUUUUAAGCGCGAGGUGGUGCCGGUGUGCGAAGACGGGGGGGAGCUGGAGAUGAGCACGACGAAUCUGGGCGCGGACGCGCGAGGACGACGGGGACGGGCGGACGCGCCGGCGCGCGCGCCGCGUCCGUUGAUCGUUUGGGCGCACGGCAUGCGCGGGGAUCUUUCGAACGAUGAUCAAGAGGGGCUGUGGAACUUUUGGAGUCGAGAGGAUUUGGGGACGUGCGCGGUGGCGAGGUACAACGCGCGAGGGUACGGAAGGUCGAGCGACGUGCGGCGCUCGAGAGAGGCGCGAUGGGACGCGCGGGCGAGCGACAUGCUCGAGGUGGCGCAGCGAAUCAGAAACGACGACGGCGGUGCCGUGGUUUUCGCCGGCGCGUCGCUCGGUGGGGCGACUGCGAUAUGGGCGACGGUGUUGGCGCACGAGAGCGGGCGAGACGCGCCGAAAGCCGUCGUCGUCGUCACGCCGCCCACGUUUUACGACGAGCGCGAGUCCCGCAAGAAAAAGUUGCGCAAGCGCGUGGCCACGGGCGACGUCACGGCGCCCGCGAACAGCACGACCCCCAGACGAGUGUUUCAAGCGUCCAAGCGACCGAUCGAUCCGCCGCCGCCGCCCUUGGCGAAUCCCAACGAUUCGUGCGCGGUGGAAGUCUUGAUCGGCUCGGCGCAGAGCAACCUUCCCGAGCCAGAGCGCGUGCGAGAGGCGUUGGAAAACGUCCCCGUGCUCGUCCUCGCGUGGGACUGCGGCGACACGACGCAUCCGGUGUCGAGCGCGAUGACCCUCAAGGAUCUCGCGCCGCACGCCGAAGUCGUCGUGGCGUCGACGCGCGGCGAAGCCGGCGACGAGGAUUACGACAUCGUCCAUCACGUGCGAGAGCACUGGAGCGCGUGCAUCAUGGAAUUCAUCCAGCGAUCGCUGCGCCGGGGCGGCGCGGACGACGAAGCGCUGGCGUAGACUAUUGAUUAUUUUGUUUGUAUUGUACAGUACCGUCCGCCU